AUGUCGGAAACUUAUCUUCAGCAAGCUUUUGGGCAGCCGACCUUCACCGACGUACAUGCGAAUGGGAAUUCCUCUGGACGUGAUCUCUUCGACAUCCUCGACGCCGCCAAUCUCCAUCACAACCACGAAUAUGACCCCAGCGGACAACACCUACAUUCACUGCACAUACAGUCUCAGGAUGUCAUCGCGCAAACCCAGCAAUUUGCGUAUGCAUUGCACAGCAGUGGUGUGUCGGCACCAGGCCUACCGUACACCUCCGAGGCGCCUGCAAUGCCGACCAUGACAGGACACAUCCCGCAACACUACGAGCACCACAGUGCGCUUCAGAUCGGCUUUGAUGAUCUCCAGGGAUUCUCUCCCGUUACACAAAGCUUCAACAUCAACGCUUAUCGCACGCCAUACCCCGACAGCAUCGCAACAUCCACAUCAUCAGCCACAUCACCCGAACGCACCAAUGCAAGUCUCCUCACCGAUCCGGUUGUUGUCGAAGCAGAAGAGGACAAGCGAAAACGCAAUCAAGCUGCUUCCGCACGCUUCCGGCAGAAGAAGAAGCAGCGCGAGCAACAACUCAUGGAGACAAGUCAAAAGAUGCAAGACCGGACCAAGAAGCUUGAAGCCGAAAACGAUGGGCUGAAGAAGGAGAACAUGUUCCUGAAGAAGCUGCUCGUCGAGAAGGUGGAUCACAUGAGCGAUGAAGAUCGGGAGCUGCUCAAGAAAGCCGCCGAAGGCGCGCUAGCUGGAGUAAUCGGAAAGAAGUCUUGA